CAAGAAAUAACUUGGGCAGCAGCACCCUGAGAUGUGAUGCGCGAGGAGGCUCCCACCUGUGGAAAAGGGGUCAAGGAAUGGUCCCCUCUGGAUGGCAGUCACCGUUCCAGCAUCCUGGCCAGGACCUUGGGGAGCAGGAGGAGGGAGGAAGCGAGAGCAUCCCAGUGUCCCCACGCGUCACGAAACCUGGCUGCCUGCUGAGAUGGGUUGCGGAUUAAACAAAUUAGAGAAACGCGAUGAGAAGCGGCCAGGGAAUAUUUAUUCAACUCUGAAGAGACCUCAGGUGGAAACCAAGGUAGAGGUGGCCUAUGAGUACCGCUUUCUGGAGUUCACGACUCUGAGCGCUGCGGAGCUGCCCCGGUCCUCGGCUGUGAGGCUGGCCUCCCUGCGGGACCUGCCCGCCCAGCUCCUGGCACUCUACCAACAGGGCUUCGCCCUGGUCGCUCUGCACCCCUUUGUGCAGCCCACGCCCAGGCAGGAGAAGACGCCCCUCGAGCACAUCUUCAGGGCCAUCCUGGUCAAGAAAACUGACAGAUCUCAGAAGACCGAGCUUCACAAUGAAGGCUACAUCUUGGAAUUGGAUUGCUGUACUUCCUUAGACCACCUGGAAGACCAAAAGCUCAUCCCAGAGUUCGUUAAGAAGGUGCAAGAGGCUGCAAGCCGGGGCCUAAAGUUCAUUGGUGUCGUCCCUCAGUACCAGGCUCCUGUGCACUUGGCAAGCAACAGUCCUCUCACACCCAAGGCCAACAGUACUUCAGAUACCACAGAUGCAAAACAUGCCUGCGGGGACCAGGCGUCCCCGGAGAAGGAGCACCCAGGAGCCGCGGAUGCAGAUGCUUCUCCUACAGGACCGAACCGAAGCCCAGAGCCUAGCCUGGGCUCCACAGGGGAGGGGCCUGGGGCCGAUCAGCCCAGCUUCCCCUCGGGAGAUGGGGAGGCUGGUGAAUUUCCACCACUGUGGGUGAGCCCACCACUGGAUGGACCGGAGAGUGACCCUCUGGGUGUGCAUGAAGAGACGCUGUCAGGGAAAAUGGAGAUCUUCACCUUCUUCAACAGACCUAAGAGCCAACAGAAGUGCCGGCAAUACUACCCGGUCACCAUUCCCCUCCGGGUCUCCAAGAACGGCAGGACGGUGAGCAGCCUGGAUGCCAGCUGGUUGGAGCACAUGAGCGAUCACUUCCGGAAAGGAGGCGUGCUGGUGAACGCCGUCUUCCACCUGGCCAUGGUGAACGAUUCCUUGCAUGGCCUGACAGAUGGAGUAUUCAUCUUUGAAGCUGUUUCCACAGAAGAUAACAAAACCAUACAGGGCUACGAUGCUAUUGUUGUGGAACAAUGGACAGUCCUGGAAGGUACCGAGGUGCAGACAGACUAUGUGCCUCUGCUGAACUCGCUAGCAGCCUAUGGCUGGCAGCUCACCUGCGUUCUGCCAACUCCCGUUGUCAAGACUACCAGGGAAGGGACCGUGUCCACCAAGCAGAUUGUUUUUCUUCAGAGACCGUGUCUACCUCAGAAAGCCAAGAAGAAGGAAUCCAAGUUUCAAUGGCGAUUCUCCCGAGAAGAAACACGCCACGGCAAGCAGAUGAGAAGACCCAAAGGUAGACUGGGUGCCAGAAGCAAACGCCAAGCGGAAGAAAACGAGAAGAAUCUAGAAGACCCAUUCUCCAAGGCUGGAGAUGUGGGAAACUGUGUGAUGGAGAGUCAGCAAUGGGGUAGAGGCUCCGAGGUGGACAGGGAGGAAUUGCAGGGCGGGGAGGCUGUGCGGAAUGGUCCUGCUGCUGGCCGCGGGGUCCCCUUAGCCCCUCGGGGCUCUGAUCCUGGCAUGAUUGCUACAGAGCCUGCUCCAGCAGAGGCCAACUGAGCCUGUGUUCUACGCCAACACUGGAUAUGCAGAAGUGUGUUGGAAACUCGUUCAUUGUUGUUACCCUUUGGCUUGGCUUGGCCUGUCCUUGUGAGCUCUGGGGAAUGUCCCCUGACAGCGCUGAUUUCUUUGCAUCCACUGGAAAGGUAUAACCACCCACCUGUGUUAGAGUACAAGGUCAGGUUAUCUUGCUAGACCUCAGGACAGGAGGCUGGGCUCUGGCCCCUCCAUCCUCCCUAGAGAGGGUCUGGACCAUCCAGUGCCUGUCUUGCCUGCCCCACAGGGCUCCAGGGCACAUCUAGAUCAACUCCUUGGAUGCCCAUGGCUACAAACCAAGGCUGUUAAGCACCACCACCACCACCCCCACUCUCUGCUGCUCUGUGUGGCUGCUUGGUGACCUUUAAUCCCCGCCCCCCAGGCACUUGGGCUGACCUUUACCACCUAAACCCUGCAGACUUGCUGCUUUGGUAAAGAUGGUGACGUUGAGGAAGAGGAGGUGCCCAGCCUCCCAGCUUUUCUCAAAGUAAUCUUAUAGCUACUGGUAAUCUGGAAAUGAAGAGGUAAUUCUGUGUGCACCUGCCCUGGCAGAAUGUUCAAGAAAGUGUUCUGUGUUAGUAAUUAUGCCAAAAAGAAUUUUUUUAAGAAAAAGAUUUUGUAUUCCGCACACCCUGUGAAUACACAUUACUUCUGUCAUUUCAGGGCACCUCGGCUGUUUGCGUGUUCCUGUCGUGUUUUAAUCAGUGUACCAUUGGCCAAGUUGUUCAACCCAUGUAGGCUGUGUCGAUCAUGUGUUUAUACUGUCCAGAGAGUAUUGUUAAGGCUUUAAGUAGGCGCAGCUGGCAAACCUUGGAGAGCGAGAGGGAGCGUGCCAAUUGUCUUGACAGAAACAAUAGGCCUGUCUCUUCCCUUUCUUGUUUAGUUACUUAAAGCAAUAAAUCAUCGAAUUUGG